UCGUUUGUGAAAUAGCGUCUGUGUGAUUUGCACGAGCAGCGCGUGUUUAGCGGAGAAUUCCUGAAAAAGACCAAGCGGAGGUAGCGCGGGCAAAAGCGUCUCACGAGUUCUAGUAACUGUUCAGUAAAAGCUAGUUAAAACACAUCCUAUUCAAAGAUGGCAGAUAAAGCACCAGCAGUCGGUAUUGAUCUGGGCACGACCUACAGCUGUGUCGGAGUGUUCCAGCACGGCAAGGUCGAAAUCAUUGCCAACGACCAGGGCAACCGUACCACGCCAUCGUAUGUUGCUUUUACUGACACGGAACGUCUGAUCGGUGAUGCCGCGAAGAACCAGGUAGCCAUGAACCCGACCAACACGAUCUUCGAUGCCAAGCGCCUGAUCGGCCGCAAAUUCGAAGACCCAGCGAUCCAGGCCGACAUGAAGCACUGGCCGUUCGAGGUCGAAUCCAUCGAGGGCAAACCAAAGAUUCAGGUCGAGUACAAGGGCGAGAAGAAGUCGUUCUUCCCUGAGGAGGUCAGCUCGAUGGUGCUGACCAAGAUGAAGGAAACGGCCGAAGCCUACCUGGGCAAGACGGUGACGAACGCCGUCAUCACCGUGCCAGCCUACUUCAACGAUUCGCAGCGCCAGGCAACGAAGGAUGCCGGAACCAUCUCGGGACUGAACGUGCUUCGUAUCAUCAACGAGCCGACCGCGGCCGCCAUCGCGUACGGCUUGGACAAGAAGACGGCCGGCGAGCGCAACGUGCUGAUCUUCGAUCUGGGCGGUGGCACCUUCGAUGUGUCCAUCCUCUCGAUUGACGAUGGUAUCUUUGAGGUGAAGUCUACCGCCGGAGACACCCAUUUGGGCGGCGAAGAUUUCGACAAUCGUCUGGUGAACCAUUUCGCUCAGGAAUUCAAACGCAAACACAAGAAGGAUCUGUCGACGAACAAGCGUGCCCUGCGUCGUCUGCGCACGACAUGCGAGCGUGCGAAGCGUACGCUGUCGUCGUCGACGCAGGCUAGCAUCGAAAUCGAUUCGCUCUUCGAGGGAACCGAUUUCUACACUUCGAUCACGCGUGCCCGAUUCGAAGAGCUGAACGCUGACCUGUUCCGCUCGACGAUGGAGCCUGUCGAAAAGGCUCUGCGUGACGCGAAAAUGGACAAGGCCAGCAUUCACGACAUCGUGCUGGUCGGCGGAUCGACCCGUAUCCCGAAGGUGCAGAAGCUGCUGCAGGACUUCUUCAACGGCAAGGAGUUGAACAAGUCGAUCAACCCGGACGAAGCCGUCGCUUACGGUGCAGCCGUCCAGGCCGCCAUCCUGCACGGUGACAAGUCGGAGGAGGUGCAGGAUCUGCUGUUGCUGGACGUGACCCCGCUGUCGCUCGGUAUCGAGACAGCCGGCGGUGUGAUGUCGGUGCUGAUUAAGCGCAACACCACGAUCCCGACGAAGCAGACGCAGACGUUCACCACGUACUCGGACAACCAGCCCGGUGUGCUGAUCCAGGUGUUCGAGGGCGAGCGUGCCAUGACCAAGGACAACAAUCUGCUCGGAAAAUUCGAGCUGAGCGGCAUCCCGCCGGCACCGCGUGGUGUACCCCAGAUUGAGGUGACGUUCGACAUCGACGCCAACGGCAUCCUGAACGUGACGGCUCUCGAGAAGUCGACCAACAAGGAAAACAAGAUCACCAUCACCAACGACAAGGGUCGCCUUACCAAGGAGGACAUCGAGCGCAUGGUGAACGAGGCCGAGAAGUACCGCACCGAGGAUGAAAAGCAGAAGGAGACCAUCUCCGCUAAGAACGCGCUGGAGUCGUACUGCUUCAACAUGAAGGCCACCAUGGAGGACGACAAGCUGAAGGACAAGAUCGGAGACAGCGACAAGACGCUGGUGCUGGACAAGUGCAACGACACGAUCAAGUGGCUGGACGCGAACCAGCUAGCCGACAAGGAGGAAUAUGAGCACCGCCAGAAGGAGCUCGAGUCGGUGUGCAACCCGAUCAUCAGCAAGCUGUACCAGGGCGCCGGUGGUGCUCCGGGAGGCAUGCCUGGCUUCCCAGGUGCUCCAGGUGGUGCUGGUGGUGCACCUGGCGCGGGCGCUGCUGGCGGUGCCGGUUCCGGCUCCGGACCGACCAUCGAGGAAGUCGAUUAAAUCACUCGCCGCUUUCCUUCGUAUGCAUUUCCUUCUACGAGUGUGGCUAUGUUACAUUAAUAAGGAUCUUGCAUGCAACAACACACCUUGCCAACACACGCUACAAGCUUUUGCCGCCGAUGACUCGUAUCUAUUCGUUUCGUUCUGCAACCGAACAAAUACGUACGAACCUAUUAACAAUUUGAACGAAACAUCGCAUCUAUACGAGCCGUUAUCCGUGAUGCUGACAAGUAUUUUGCUUUAUUGUUGAAUGUUAAAUCAUUUUACCUCCUAUGCAGUGAACACCGGAUUUUACGGUGAUUUCAACCAGUUCUCAAACCAAUAACUAAGCGAAAAAAUAAGAUCAACACAAUUCCAACAAACGAGACAGAAUGAGCCGAAAUAACAUCUUAUUGGCCAAAUAAAACACAAACGCUAAGUCUUCGACGAUCAAGACCACAGUCGGAGGCAAU